GGCUUAGAGGGCUCCAAGCAGCAGGAGCGGGGUUCCGUGCGAGGCACCAGCACCAUGUUCAGCCGGUCGGGAUACCAGGCCCUUCCCUUGGGAGACUUUGACCGCUUCCAGCAGUCCAGCAUCGGGCUCUACGGUGCCCAGAAGGGCUUCUUCUCCUUCCGAUCCAAGCAAGACCCCCUUGGGCCAGCCGGGAAUACCGCAGAUUCCUCCCAGGGUUGGCUGUCCUGGAUCUGCCAUGGGAUUAUCACCUCCUUGGUCUUCUUGCUGAUGGUUGUCACCUUCCCCAUCUCAGGAUGGUUUGCUUUGAAGAUCGUGCCCACCUAUGAGCGAAUGAUCAUCUUCCGUCUGGGCCGCAUCCGGGCACCGCAGGGACCUGGUGUGGUCCUGCUGCUGCCCUUCAUCGAUCACUGGCAGCGAGUGGAUCUGAGGACAAGGGCCUUCAACGUGCCGCCCUGCAAGCUGACCUCCAAGGAUGGAGCGGUUAUCUCCAUGGGUGCCGACGUCCAAUUCCGGGUGUGGGACCCCGUGUUGUCUGUCAUGAUGGUGAAGGACCUCAUCGCAGCCACACGGAUGACAGCGCAGAACGCCAUGACCAAGACCUUGGUGAAGAAGAGUCUCUGCGAGAUCCAGGGGGAGAAGCUGAGGAUCGGGGAGCAGCUGCUGCUGGAGAUUAACGACAUGACCAAGUCCUGGGGCCUGGAGGUGGACCGGGUGGAACUCAGCAUGGAGGCUGUGCUACAGCCGCCCCAGGAGAACCUGGUGGGCCCUCUGGCCACCAUGACACCUGUGCCCGGGCUGGAGGGGCUGGAUGGCACCAUUCAGCAGCUGGCUGCCCAUUUCUUCAGCAACACCCUGGCUCUGGUGGGCAACAGGACCGGUGUUCCGGAGGCAGCAGACAGCAUGGAGACUGUGAACGAGGUGGAGCCACCUGCUGCUCCCCUCCUCACCACUGCUGGCAGCGCCCAGAGGAAGCCCAGCGCAGAUGAGCUGCUCUCAGCGGUGGAGCGCGUCCUCUCCGAGGCCCUGGUCAGCCAGGUGGGAGCAUCCUACCAGGUCAACAUCACCCUGCCCAGCGGCGCCCGGAGCACCUACUUCAUAGACCUCUCCUCAGGUAACGGGCGAGCUGGCCACGGUAUGCCCGAGGGCAGCCCUGAUGUCGUUCUGGAGGUGGCAGAGAAAGACCUGCAGGACCUCUUCUUGGGCAACCUGCGCCCCUUGAGUGCCUACAUGAGCGGGAGGCUUCAGGUGAAAGGCGACCUGCACCUUGCCCUGAAGCUGGAGGAGCUCGUCAAGGCAAUGAAGCAACGUAGAUAGAGCAUGCAUGUGGGUGUGUGUCUGUGUGCAUGUGUCUUUGUAGGUGUGCAAAAGCAGGGGACAUAUAGGGGUGCUGCGCGGUGGGGGCCUUGCCCUGCUGGAGCUCCUGCUGCCCUCCCUGCAGAGGCUGCAGGAGUUGGGUGAAGACCUGAGCAGGGAAACUGAGGCUGAGCUCCAUUGCCCGUCCUUGUCCUUGGCUUUACCUCCCUGCCCAUCCUUUGCAUACAAUGUUAUGGGAUGGGAACCAGUUGGCACCCCACCAUGUGCCAGUUUGCUUCCAGGUCCCUCGGCCAAUAUGCCCCCAGGGCACAGACUGAUGUCCUGCUGCCCCCACAACGGGCUGCGUGGCCAGGCGUCUCAGACUGGAAGGGGCAUGAGCUGCGCAGAUUGGACUGGGAAGAGCUUGGGGACACUGUGGCUAAGGAUGGUGGUUGUGGGGUAGGCAGCUGAAGCAGGGCACAAGGGCUGGCUGGACCAGACUGGGAUGCCACCAGCGGGCUGGGAUUGG